AUGAUUGGACUCACGGAUUCUGAACAGUGGGAGGUAACUGCAGCUCACAGAAUACUUGCAUAUGGUAUUCCUGCAGAUCUUACUGAUGAAUAUCUUCGAAUUGGAGAAACCACUGCGAUAGAAAGUCUUAGAGCUUUCAUCAAAGCAAUCGUAGAAGUUUUUGGUGAUUGGUAUCUAAGGGCACCAAACGAGACCGAUAUUUGUCGAUUAUUAUCAAUUGGAGAGCAGCAUGGAUUUACAGGAAUGUUAGGGAGCAUUGACUGUCGUACUGCUCCUGUCAAUUAUACAAUUAAUGGGCAUGAAUAUACAAUGGGAGACUAUUUAGCAGAUGAGAUUUAUCCUAAUUGGUCAACCUUUGUUAAGACAAUCCCAAGACCAUUAGGAGCAAAGAGAAAAUAUUUUACAAGCAAGCAAGAGUCUGCAAGGAAGGAUGUGGAGCAAGCAUUUGGGGUGCUCCAAUCUCAUUUUGCAAUUAUACGUGGAUCUGUUCGAUACUGGGAUGAAGAAACGCUUGCAUAUAUUAUGAAAGCUUGCAUAAUAAUGCAUAAUAUGAUUAUUGAGGAUGAAGGAGCAAUGAACUUUGGAUUUGACCAUGAGCAUGAAGUCAAUUCCUUUAUAUCAGUGUCACAUGGUAAAUACCAGAACUACAUAAUUUUCUUCAAACUCAUAAUCGAAUUAGGGAUAGAGCAACUAGCUCUCAACUACAAGAAGAUUUGA